AUGGCCCAAAUGAUUCAUGGUUUUCUUGAAAAACUUCGCGACGAUUUAAAAAAUGCCAGAAAAUCACUGAAUACAACCAACAAGGACUAUACUCUAACUGAACCACAAACGGUUCACUUUGAAAAUUAUCAAAAGAAUAAAAUCGAUCUAAUUUCCACUUGUUUAAGUGAUACGUUCAAUCAAAAAUUAAAACACGGUCUUAUCGCACCUGUUCUUAAUUUUGCUGUUAAUAAACUGAUAAGUAAGGGAGUUGAAUCAUUGGCUAGUGCGGAUCGUAUUGAACAAUUGACAAAUCGAUUUGAAUUAAUUCAUGCGGCAUCGAAUCCUAACGAUACACUAACACAAUUUGCCGAUGAGUUGCAAAUAUUCAUUGCUGAAGGAAAACCGAUAGAUCUCAAGGAUAUGGGUAUCAAUCCGAAAGACAUCCAACCAGCUAAUAUAGAUGGAUGCACUUUACAACAAGUUUACGAUUUAUCCAUAUACAAAGUGAAAACAUACCGCGGUAAAGAUGGAAACAUUUAUGUACGACGAACAGUAUUAAAACAGCAUUAUCGAAAUGUCAGAGGUGAUAAAGCAGCUGGUUUACACGAACAAAAGAAAAUUUCAGAAAUAUUGGGAUGUACAGUAACGAAAGGAGAAAUAGUUGACAAUGAACAAAGAUGUGUUUUAACGCAAAAGAAAGGUGUGGCUGUUGAACUUGUUAUUCGAGGUAAUGUUGAUGAGAUCAAACACGCUGAAAUCAUUGUCAAUGGUAAAUCGAGAAGUUUAGAAACCAACAAUGGAAAGGAAAACGAUUGUUAUUAUAACGUUGCACUAGUUGCUAAUGAAAUUUCUCAAGGCAAAUCAUUCGACGAAGCGGUGAAAAUUCUUGACGAUCAAAAUGUUGUUCAAAACUUAAGAAACAACGUUUCAUGCGCAAUGAAAAAUGAUGAUCAGUUGUUAAAAGAGUUCCGAUGGACAAAUCGAACUGAUUUAAGAGCACAUUUCGACAGUAUGACUGGUCUUCGACAAAAUCCAGAGACUCUAAAGUUAGAACUAAGUGACCAGGAUGUGAAAAAUCUCAAGGAAUGGUUGAACAAAGACAAACGUAGUAGACCUGACAAAUUUGAAAGUCAGACAGGGCAGCAGGAAGUGAUUGACGGUGUUACAUUUACUCCGACUCAUCAUCACGUCAUUGGAUGGGAAUGCAUCGUUGAUAUAUUAAAAAACGAUUUCGAAGGUUCGGAUGACAAUGAAAUCAAAGACAAAAUGGAAAAAUAUUUGAACGCUUCUAGAAAUGAGAAACUGAGGCAGUUUAUUUUGAAAGAAAUGCAUGAAACAAGAACCAAAAUAGACGAGCAUUAUCAAAUCACUAAAAACGAUAAGUUCGAUCCGGAUUUGCAGAUUUUGCAAAAAUCUGUGGUCUGGAAUCCAAAUAUUAUCGUGACUGGUCCAGAUGGUAAGAAACGCAAAAAUGAUCCGGAUCAUGGCGGUGAUAAGUACAAGUCGGGUUACGAGAAGCACAUAGAGGAUUUGCUGAAAGACGAACCUGAAAAACAGAAGGAAUUUCUUAAGUAUCGCGAGGAAAUUGAUCAAUUAUUCGUCGAGAAAACACGGAAACUAACAAAAGACAAUGAAGCAUGGAUCGACAGGAUCAGGCAAGUGUUAAUCAAUGCAAAUGAAAACAAUAGCAAAAUAAUUGAUAAAGAUAUACAGACAAGAAUAGCUAAACCUGAAAAACAUGAAGUGUACAAAAAUCUCAAUCAGCAACUUCAGAACUUGCGACAAAAUCCCAUAUCAAAUGAAGACAAACUAAAAGAAAUGCGAGACAUUAUUGAAAAAUCAAAAGCCACAAUUAAUGUUACAGCAACCCAAGAUCGUUUCAAAGAUAUCGUGUUCAAAAUUGAUCGAGAAUUAGUACUUAGAGAUCUGCAACCACUAAUCGACAGGCUAGGUGGGAAAGAAAAGAUCAACAUAUUGGAAGGAAUGUCUAAUGCAGAUAUACGCAAUAGAGGAGAGCUCAAGUGGACAAAGAUCAAAGAAGGUUGCUCACAAAAAUAUAUUUUCCAACAGCAAUAG